AAACUCUCGCCCUCUGAAGCUCUGAGAGCCAUUUUUGUUUCAUGGCAGGGAGCUCGUCGGCUCUCAUUUCAAUGCUCUCAGAAGGGACUCGGUAAAAGACACCUGAAGUCCUUAUGCAUACCAGCUGUGAAGGUGCACCAUGAAUUGUGAAGAUCAGGGCAUGGGGAGGGUAGUCCAUUCCUGGGCCAGAUUUGCCCCAGCUGGACACACUGCCCUUGAAGAGGCCCUAAGGGUCUUUAACCCCAUGUCCAAGGACCUGACGGACACAGAGAGACAAAUGGCGUCCUUUCUUCAAGAGCUAAGGAAAGAGGGAGCGAAACCUGUGAUCCUGCGGAGCAAAGAUGUGUACGGAUACACAUCUUGCACUACGGAGCCAAUUUCCUCCAGGAUUAGCACUACCAAGGUUCAGAGAGUGCAGAAACCUUGCAAGAAGCGUGGAGGACGCAAAGGUUUGGGCAAGUCCAAGGAUGUAAAUUACUCGAUGCUUACUCGAGCAGAAAAGGACAUUCUCCAAAACCAACCCAAGAUCCUGCUUACCAAUCUUUCGGUGGACCGCCUUAGGCGGAACACCGCAUCGACAAGGCUAGAUAAACAUUCUGUUCAAGCACAGCAGUGCCUCAAGCUAACAAACAUAAAGGGGUUGACUGGAGGCCACACUGCGAGGUUGCAGAUUCACUUUGGUGCUGAUUCACAAAGCAGUUUUGCUCUGGGACGACCACCGGAUCUCUCCGGGAUUCCACACUCUCCCACAGAAAACGGCAGUCAGAUAUCAAACGUAGUUGCCUUGGACAACAAACGAGUUUUGUCAUGUCCGUUCAAAGUAGAAGAUGCCCUCAUUGGAGACUCUGCCCCAGUGGUCUGCCAAAAUGGGUUCGGUCUUAAAGAUGGUAGCAUUUAUAAAAAAAUCCAAGCUGUGUCAGGUAAACCCGAUGUGAUGGCCAGUGGUCUGGACAAUGGUUCAGUGAGGAGACUCCAUUUCCCAAGCUUCAACUGGUCCCAGUCGGCACUCACCAACGGCCAAGAUGUUUCUAGACUGAAUGACAAUGGUCUCGAGUGCAAGGUAAUAAAAGUAGAUGAUUCAGUCACAGAUGAGGAGUUGAGGAGGAAGGCACAGAAAAUCUUGCAAGUGAACUUGUCGCCUGUGAUACAGAUUCAUCCCCUUGUUGACUCUGUAUAGACUGUUUCUGGGGAUUCUGUUUUCGUUUUCUCUUAAGUUUUUUUUUGUUUGGGAGAGAUUUUUGGAAACAAACUUAGGUUAACUCUGGAUGGGAGCGUUGCAGUUACCUCCAAAUUUUGCAUUAUCGUCAAGUAGUUACUGACAUCAUAAUCCAAAGAUGGGAUGCUCUUUUGUUCCUGCUCUCACAGUAUUUUGUUUCCCCAACACAUCCCAACCUACCUUUUUAUUUUAUAAGUUGUGUCUUUUUAUCUAACUUCUGAAGGAUUGGACUGAUGAACAAACCCUUAUUUAUGACUAUGCAGUUCCCGGGAUGCUCCUUUUGUUGGAAUUCUAUGGGCAUGGACUGCUGUCUUACUGGAUCAUGGGAACAGACUGAAUUUGUAGAGUGAUUUAUUACAUGCUACUGCUUGAAAAGACAACGAUAGCCUAACCUAAGUUGGUCUUUAUGGUUUUUCUACGUCCUUGGAUCCUGUUGAUGUCAACGUCGCCCAAGUUUUUAGACAUCAUCAGUUUUGUAAUAUGUUAGUCUGCCGGCAUAGACUGCAUAUGAUAUUUUUGUUUAGAUUCUAACAUGUUCAGAUUGGGGGCACUUUUUUUUUGCAUAUUAAUUUAAUUUCAGGGCAAAAAUAAAUGGCCUUAUACUUUAAGAGUGAAAAAUAACUGAAUCUUUGUACUUUUCCUCAUCUCAAUGUACUUGUUUCUGCACUCCGCUUCUCAUUAAUUCCUCUGUUUCUUUGAAUGUGCCAACCCCGGUAUUUGUUUCUUUAAAGUUUUGUUGGUGCCAUGACCACAAGUCUUGCAAGAGUUCUCGUCAUCCCGUCAAGCAGUGGACCUGUUUGUCCAUUGGUUGAACGUACCUCAGACACUUGAAUGGGAAAAUGCUGUUGUCAUUCAUCCUGCAGUUAAUUAUGUAUAUUGUUCAUUCCAUACAUCCAGGAGUUGAUGGGUCAUGUUUGAUCAUUUGAGGCCAUCUUGGAUUGUUUAACCUGAAUCUGAAUAUGAUCUCGAUCCAGUUCUGAAGGUAGUAUCAAAUUGAAAUGCAUUCUUUACAUCUUCACAAUAUCAAGUUUCUCUCGUCAGGAUUAAUUUGUUGAGGAUGUUCAUGAUUCAUGUGCAUUGAGCGGUCUUUCUAGGGCACGACAGAAUGAAUAUUUGGAGGAAGAGAUCUGUGAGAAUUAAGUUCGCAUUUGAAAUUCAUAAGGCCUGUGGUUCUUUUGUUUCGUUUUUUCAGGCUAAAGUAGAUGAUGGCAGUGCAGCAGUUAAUCGGUGCCACGAGGCAAUUGUUAAACGAAAUAUUGUUAGAAAUUUACGUUUUAAAUCCUGUUAAAAGUCUUUCAUCCACCCUCAAACGUCAAGCAGAUUUUCUUUUCCUUUUGAAUCAUUCUUUAUUUUCACCCCAUUGAAUCUGUGACACUCAAAAGCUGUAAAUGUCAGUGUUGUAUCUUUAGUUACUGUUAUCAAGUUGUGAAUUAAAAUAUGUUUGAGAA